AUGCCCGAUAUCUUCACGGUGCUGACAUGUGCAUAUGCAUUGAUUUGUCCUUCAACUCUGGCAGCCUUGAGUAUUCCUCUGGCCAACGACUUGCUUCGAAAAGAAAAAGUUAUCGAAGUUUCCAACAACAUUCAUAACGUUGAUCGACAAUACCUCGUGGGAACUACGCUCUAUCCGCAGAACCCAGGACCCACGGAAAAAAAUUCAUCGCUAUACUCUUCGAUAUUGGCCUCCCAGGUAGGAGCUUUAUCUGCUUUCGAAAACCAAAAUCAAUCGAUAAUCGAGAAUACACUGCGGUCGUUAGGCCCGUACAAAUCACUGGAGAGUUUCAAGGCGGCCUAUGACGCCCUUCAAAGUGCUGAAUUGAUCAAUAUACCUCAAGCCUUUGACAAUAGCGACAAGAAUUUUGGAGCCAUACGUUUGGGUAUUCGCGGCUACAACCUCAAAUUGGUGAACUUGAACGAGUGGUCAGAACCUCUCAACUGUCUUUCGGACUCGUUGGUUCGUGAAGUGUGUUGCGAAAGCACCAUCAAUACUGCAAUCUUAAACCACAAAGUAUUUGUACAGGAUUUUUCGACUAUGGGGCAAUACACGGAUUUAAACACGACAAAAUCGAAGUACGCGCCCAAUGUCGUUGGUUUUUUCUGUAACAACAUUGAAACCGGUGUACUACUGCCUUUGGCCAUCAAAAUCGUUGAUUCGGGUCUAACGUACACAAAAGAAGACUCGGCAGGGGAGUGGCAACUGGCAAAGAUGGCACUAGAUGCGACAGAACUCAACUAUCUGCAAAUCAUACACUUUGUGGAAGUGCAUGUGGUGUCGAUCCCGAUCCAGAUUGAGCUGAUGCGUAGCAUGGCGGAAACCCACCCGAUUUACGCUCUACUGAACUACCAUUUCUUUGGCAACAUAGGUCUUGAAUUCCUCAGCGUUUUGGUCCUUUUUUCGGUUGAUUCACCGUUUGAUCGGUCGGUGGCGUUCGGAGCAAGUGGCUCCGUGCGUGCUGCUUACGACGAACUACAAAAGUUGUCAAUAACAGACGAUUUUCCCUCUGAUAUCGCAAAGAACGGGCUCGAGUACUUGCCAAACCACCGCUACGUCAAGCAUGGCGCGACGUACUACUCCAUUAUCAAGACCUUUGUUACUAAGUACAUAAAAGCGUACUACGAUUCAGAAGAUGCUAUUCAAAGCGAUAUGGAGUUACAGACUUGGGCAGUCCGAGCGUCUAUUGUCUGGGGCGUCAACGACUUUCCUUUGGCCUUCAAGGGCUAUGAAGACCUCAUCAAACUCGUUACCAAUCUGGUGUUUCGAAACGCCGUGAAACAUCAUUUCAUGAACGGCAGAGUAACUUGGCACAGCCAAGCGGCUCCAUUCAGUACACCAGCACUGUACAAUACACCACUGCCAACUAGAAAAGGGGUGAAAGUCGACCCGUUUGAUUAUGUCAUUACAUCCGACCUAUUCCCGGCGCUGUCUGCCGUGGCAGCACAGUUCUAUCGUCCGAUUCCACUGGCCCAAUCAGUGCUGAGUGCCUACACUACUCCUCCAUUCUCCAGCGAGACCAUUCUGAAAGGUGCCAUCGCCCAAUUCCACCAAUCUAUGGUAACCUUGGAAAAUACGCUAAACUCAGCCAAGCCGAAGGGGAACUAUCUGGACAUGUAUGUCAAGCCAUCUUUCAUGCCGUGGUUCUCGUACAUCUAA